CAGCUCCGGCCCGCCACCCCCCGGCACCACAUGGCGGCGGAGCUGCGGCCGCGCCUAGCGCCGCCCCCGCGGAGCUAAGCGAGGGCCCGCGAGCCGCGCUCCCUCCUCGCUCCUCUCCUCAUCCGGCACCUCCGGGAGGAACGGGGCCGGGCCCCGAGCGCCAUGCUGCCCCCGUUCCGUCGCGCUCCGUGCCGCCCACUUCGCUCCCGUGCCCGCCGCCCUGCGCGCCUCCUGGCCUCGCUCCUUCUGCUGGCGGCCCUGAGGGGCGGCGGCACCGCGCUGCCCCCGGGCUGUAAGUACGACGGGCGCCCCAAAAGCUCCGGCAAAGCGGCGGCUGGCGGCCCGCUGGAAGUAAAGGUGGUGUGCAGCAACCUGGAGCUCGCUCACGUCCUGCCUCCCGAGGCGCUGCCCAACCGGACGGUCACGCUGAUUCUGAGCAACAAUAAAAUAACAGAGCUGAAGAAUUGUUCCUUCUCUGGAUUAAACCUUCUUGAAAGAUUGGACCUUAAGAACAACCUUAUAAGUACUAUAGAUCCAGGAGCUUUUCUGGGGCUUUCAUCUCUGAAAAGACUAGACUUAACUAAUAAUAGAAUAGGCUGCCUGAAUGCAGACGUAUUUAAAGGACUUGUAAAUCUUAUUAGACUAAAUCUUUCUGGAAAUCUGUUUUCUACGCUUACGCAGGGAACGUUUGAUCAUCUUGGUUCGCUAAAGUCUCUAGAAUUUCAGACUGAUUAUCUUCUUUGUGAUUGUAACAUACUCUGGAUGCAUCAAUGGCUAAGAGAAAGAAAUAUAACUGUACGUGAGACUAAGUGUGCCUAUCCCAAGUCACUUCAGUCGCAGACAGUGACUGGUGUUAAGCAAGAGCUUCUAACCUGUGAACCUCCUCUUGAAUUACCGUCUUUCUAUAUGACUCCAUCUCACCGCCAGGUUGUUUUUGAAGGAGACAGUCUACCCUUCCAAUGUAUGGCUUCAUAUAUUGAUCAGGACAUGCAAGUCUUGUGGUAUCAAGAUGGAAAAAUUGUGGAAACAGAUGAGUCCCAGGGUAUUUUUGUUGAAAAAAAUAUGAUUCAUAACUGCUCACUGAUUGCAAGUGCGCUGACAAUCUCAAACAUUCAGGCUGGCUCCACAGGGAAUUGGGGCUGCCACGUACAAACCAGACGUGGAAAUAAUACCAGGACAGUAGACAUUGUGGUAUUAGAAAGUUCUGCACAGUACUGCCCUCCAGAGAGAGUUGUGAACAAUAAAGGAGAUUUCAGGUGGCCUCGAACAUUGGCAGGCAUCACAGCAUACCUGCUGUGUACACGUUACUCUGCUGGCAGUGGGAUAUAUCCUGGCAAUUCGCAAGAUGAGAGAAGAGCUUGGCGCAGAUGUGACAGAGGAGGAUACUGGGCUGAAGAGGAUUAUUCUAGGUGCCAAUAUGCAAACGAUGUGACUCGAGUUCUUUACAUGUUCAAUCAGAUGCCGCUCAACCUCACUAAUGCAUUGGCAACAGCAAGACAGCUCUUGGCUUACACUGUUGAAGCAGCAAAUUUUUCUGAUAAGAUGGAUGUCAUUUUUGUGGCUGAAAUGAUAGAGAAAUUUGGAAGAUUUGCAGAAAAAUAUAAAGAGCUUGGCGAUGUGAUGGUGGACAUAGCAAGUAACAUUAUGUUAGCUGAUGAACGUGUUCUGUGGAUGGCACAAAGGGAAUCCAAGGCUUGCACUAGAAUUGUACAAUGUCUACAAAAAAUUGCUAUGUAUCGGCUUGCCAAUGGAGCUCAAGUUUAUUCCACUUAUUCUCCAAACAUUGCUCUUGAGGCUUAUGUAAUAAAGGCUGCUGGGUUCACUGGGAUGACGUGCACCGUAUUUCAGAAAGUGGCUACAUCAGACCGUACAGGACUCAGUGAUUACGGGAGAAGAGAUCCAGAUGGAAAUCUAGACAAGCAACUAAGUUUUAAGUGCAAUGUUUCAAAUACACUGUCAAGCCUGGCUUUAAAGAAUACAAUCAUAGAGGCUUCUAUCCAGUUGCCAGCUUCCCUUUUCACACAAAAGCAAAAACGAGAGAUCAGACCAGCAGAUGAGUCUGUCUACAAGCUUCAGCUUAUUGCAUUUCGUAAUGGAAAGCUUUUUCCAGCAACAGGAAAUUCAACAAACCUUGCUGAUGAUGGGAAACGUCGUACAGUUGUGACACCAGUCAUCCUAACCAAGAUAGAUGGUUUGAACCCAGCCAGUCACCAUGUUCCUAUUAAUGUGACACUGAGACGCAUUGCACAUGGAGCAGAUGCUGUUGCAGCUCAGUGGGACUUUGAUCUACUGAACGGACAAGGGGGAUGGAAGUCUGAUGGCUGUCGCAUUCUUCUGUCUGAUGAAAACAUUACUACCAUUCAGUGCUACUCCCUCAGCAACUAUGCAGUUCUGAUGGACUUGACAGAAGCUGAAUUAUACACACAGCCAGCUGAUCUUUUGCAUCCGGUAAUUUAUGCCACUGCCAUGGUUUUGUUAAUGUGCCUCUUGAUGAUCAUAGUCAGCUACAUAUACCAUCACAGCAUGAUCAGGAUCAGUGUGAAAAGCUGGCAUAUGCUAGUUAACCUGAGUUUUCACAUUUUCCUGACGUGUGUGAUGUUUAUUGGAGGCGUAACUCAGACCAGGAAUGCCAGCAUUUGCCAAGCAGUUGGGAUAAUUCUCCAUUAUUCCACUCUUGCAACAGUACUGUGGCUGGGAGUGACAUCUCGUAAUAUUUACAAGCAAGUAACCAAAAAAGUAAAAAGAUGUCAAGAUACUGAUGAGCCACCACCUCCACCCAGACCAAUGCUGAGGUUCUACCUCAUUGGUGGAGGAAUCCCUGUGAUAGUUUGUGGAAUAACAGCAGCAGCAAACAUCCGAAAUUAUGGCAGCAGACCUAAUGCACCUUACAUAUUCAUACAACUAAAACGGCACCCUGAACGUAAAUAUGAGCUUAAGGAACCAGCUGAGGAACAGCAGCGUCUGGCUACCAAUGAACAUGGGGAACUCACUCAUCAAGAUUCCUUGUCAGUGUCGUUAGUGUCCGCAUCUGCUUUAGAGAACGAGCACAGCUUUCAAGCACAGCUUAUGGGAGUGAGCCUUACUUUGCUUUUGUACAUUGCUCUGUGGAUUUUUGGAGCUUUGUCUGUUUCCCUGUACUAUCCUAUGGACCUGAUUUUUAGCUGCUUUUUUGGGGCAACGUGUUUAAGCCUUAGCGCCUUUCUUAUGGUGCACCACUGUGUUAACAGGGAAGAUGUCAGGCAUGCAUGGAUAACAACUUGCUGCCCUGGAAGGAGUACAUAUUCUGUGCAAGUGAAUGUUCAGCCCUCCAGUUCCAGUGGAACCAACGGAGAGACCCCCAAGUGUACCAACAGUAGUGCAGAGUCUUCUUGUACAAAUAAAAGUGCAUCAAGCCUAAAAAAUUCUUCUCAAGGUUGCAAACUAACUAAUUUACAAGCUGCGGCAGCUCAGUGCCACUCUACUUCCUUACCAUUAAACACAGGGCCUCAGCUUGAUAACAGCCUCACUGAACAUUCAGUGGAUAAUGAUAUCAAAAUGCAUGUAGCUCCACUAGAGGUUCAGUUUCGGACAAAUGGACACCCAAGUCGGCAUCACAAGAACAGAAGCAAGGGGCACCGUGCUAGCAGGCUUGCCGUAUUGAGGGAAUACGCGUACGAUGUACCUACGAGUGUCGAAGGAAGUGUGCAAAAUGGCGCACCUAAAAGCCGACCAAGCAACAGUGAAGGACAUUCGAGGAGUCGGAGAGCCUAUUUGGCAUACCGGGAACGUCAGUAUAACCAGUCCCAACAAGACAGCAGUGAUGCUUGCAGCACGCUUCCAAAAAGCAGCAGAAAUACUGAAAAAACAAUAGCUGCCAACAACAAAAAAGAUAUACUGAGGAAACCGAUGGUGGUUGAACUUGAAAACCAGCAAAAAUCUUAUGGCCUAAAUUUAGCCAUUCAGAAUGGACCACUUAAAAGCAGUGGACAGGAUGGACCCUUGCUCACUGCAGACAGUACUGGUAAUAUUAGAACUGGGUUAUGGAAACAUGAGACUACUGUGUAGCAUUAUCUUUCAGUGUGAGACAAAUCCAUAUGAACUGUGAUUACACAUUCCUUAAAGCUAUUAAACGCUUCUAAAGACUGUUUACAAAUUGUAGGUACUUUAUGCAGGGAUGGAACAGAGAUAAUCUGCCAAGCAAAAGAUUGUAUGCAUUAUUAUCUUUAUUCUUCUUACAAGGAUGAACUUUUGGUAUUUUGUGAUUUGUGUUUUGGGUUUUUUUGCAUUUUUUUUUUUCUUUUGAAGCAUCAAUCUUCACAGAGCUGUAGAAUCACAAAAGUGAGGAAGUUGGAAGGGACCUCUGGAGAUCAGCAAGUCUAGCCCCACUGCUACAGCAGGUUCCCUACAGUAGGUUAGAGGAACCGUUCCUUCUGUGUGAAACUAAGUUAUUCCCACAUAUCUAGUUACAUAGAGCAGUAUGUUUCCACUUGCUUCUCUUAGCAGAUGGAUGUGAAAGAUGUCUAAUAAAAAAUAAUGAAUUUGACUAGUGACUACAGCACAGAUAGGAUAUUUAGGAUGGAAAAAAAUGACAGGCAAAAGGAAUGUGAACACCACAGGCUUCAAAUAUAAAAGAUAAAGCCUGUUAAAUUAGGUUGGAAUAAUUUUAAUAGUUGUUACAUCUGUAUUUUUCCGAAGUGAUGACUUCUGCGUGUACUUUGUGUGCAGCAGGAGUCUGAUACAUUAAAAAAAAUAUCUGUACAGGCACAAAAGACAGACAACAGAGAAAACUUUGCAAGUUAGUUUUUUUUUGCCUCAAGUUUGCUUAACAAACUAACUCUGUUCAAUAAAAUUCUGACACAUCCAUAUCAAACACUAAUAACCCUUAUUCUUUCUGUAGUAAAACAGUAACUGACAAACUAAAAGAGUCAAAUUAGCUCCAUUAGCAGUAGAAAAGGUUCCUCCAGAUUGGGCCAAGUAAGCACAGCAAUCACUUCUUUGAAUAGAGUGCUGAUGUCUUCUGUUUCUGUAUCCCCUUACCAGUGACUGGAUUUUUACUGCAUUUUUCAGCCUUCACCUUUCUUCCUCUUGCUUUUGCCUCUCCUGUGUGUGAUGCAGGAGAGAAGCCUCGUUUUCAUUCCUGCUCCCUCUUUUGAGAGACACCUUGGGCCUUCUUUUGAAAUCCCCCUCUAUGCUAAUCAUGUUUACAGUUCAUCCCAUCUAGAGCAGAGCCCAGACCCUGAAGCUGACGCUACCAGGGGUGUCCCAGUUGGUCAAGCAAGGGCUGCCUGGAGAGUCCACCUCCAGCCGGGUGGUUUCACUUCCCAAGUCACUGCACUUUCUGUCUGGUGGCUGAGUGUAGUGGGAGGAAGCAAAGGAGAGGCUGGUAGGGCUGCUGAUGUGCACUGGGGGAGCAGCCAGAUGAGUCUUGCAGAGCAAUGCAGAACACAACUUUGUACAUUUUUAUUUUUCACCUGUAACUCUGAAGAUGUGUCCACAACGCAUUUCAAGUUUGUAUUUAAAUGUAUAAUAAAUUGUAUUUUCCCCAGCA